AUCGACAGUAUCAAGACCAGCGUGGUCAAGAAGUGUAGUGUGUGGAUUAGUUUGCCAACCACCAAAUCCAUGCGUCGACCAUUUAAGAUGAGGUCGUUAACGCUGCUGGCCUUUUUGGGCUGCCUCUGUGUGUCUUUGGUUCUAGCGGACGGCUCGGUUGCCAUUCGACAAAAGCGAAGCCCUGCUCCGUUCUUCUUCAACAAGGGCCACGACCACCACGAACCAAAGUGCGUCUGGGAGAAAAAGUUGGCCUGGAAGGAGGACUGGAAGAAGGUCUGGGAGUCGAAAAAGGUGGAAGUGUGGAAGUCCGAGUGGAAAAAGCAACAGAUCCCGGUCUGGAAGGUGGUGGAAGUUCCGAUCUGGCGCGAAGUAAAGGUGCCAGACUGGAAGAUCAUCAAGAAACCGUACUGGAAGGAAACGGAAAUACCAGCCUGGAAGGAGGUGCAGGUGCCGGACUGGAAAAAGGUCAACAAGCCCGUCUGGCGCGAGGUGCAGGUUCCGGUCUGGAAGGAGGUGCAGGUACCGGAAUGGAAGCAGAUUUGGGUGCCGGACACGGUCAAGGUCGGCAUUCCUGGCGAAAAGUAUCUGGGCAAGGAUGAGCACGGUUGGGAGUACACGAGCCAUGAUCUGUGGAAGAAGAAAAUGGUCUGGAAGCCCCUGUGGAAGAAAGUCUGGAAGACGGUGAAGAAGGAGGAGUGGAAGACGGAGAAGAAGCUCGAAUGGAAGGAAGAGUGGGUGCAGGUGUGGCGCACCGAGAAGAAGCAGAUCUGGGUGAAGAAGAAGGAGGAGCUGUGGAAGGAGGAGAAGGUCGAGAUCUGGCGCGUCGAGAAGAAACAGGAGUGGGCAACCGAGAAGAAGCUCGAGUGGAAGGAAGAUUGGAAAGAGAUCAAGGUCCCAGCCUGGAAGGAGAUUCAGGUCCCUGCCUGGAAGAAGGUGUGGAAACCGGUCUGGGAGAAGGCCUGCGUACCAGUCAGCCACGGAUGGCAUUAGUCGGAAAAGCGCCCUAGAUGCAGUAAGCACCCCGUAGAAACACUUUCUAGUGGUUAGAAUGAUAGAGUGUGUUGUUUUCUAUCGUUUAUCCCUUUCCUGUACCUUCCCGUAAUAGUUUGUUAUGAUUUCAACUUGUUGUUUUGCGCCGUUUCGAGUGCGCUAUAGCUUCGCCCAUCCGUUCUGUCCAUUUUGUCCAUUGUCGGCUAUAGUUCUAUGUUUCACUUUUUCCGUCUCCUUGCUAACCUAUCAUUUUCCAAGCCACAAACAUCAAGCAAAGCUAUUUUCAUCUUCUACACAUCUCUCUGCUCAUCUUAACAUGUCCGCUCUCAUUUCGUUUCCCGCGGGCGAAUCAUUACAUCAUCGCCCGUAUUAAGUAGCUUCCCACAGCUACUUUCAGCUCAUUUGCAGACAAGCCGCGGGGUUUCCCGAACAGCGCGGUUCGACUUCCGACCUGCCUCAAUUGUCCAACGUGUCGCCGAAGCCGAAGGAAGUACCGUGCCGUGUAAGCCGUUCGCGUCUUCACGUCUUGCAAGAGUUCAAUCUUCAUGUUCCAAACCCCGUCCGUAGCGGGAAAGCGGGGAGAGUGAAGAUCAUUUUGCACAAACAUGAGGGCAAACAAAAGGGUUUCUGGGUUUGUGCUGAAAAAUAAUGAUUUCCUCCCUUUGUCUGAGGAAAAGUGAUGCAGACACCUUCAUCGCAAAUCGAGCACGGGAGCACAACCCUCAUCCUUUAUCCAUCGCGGACCGUAGACAAAAUCGUUAAGCCGUAUUGGAUGCUCAUUGUUUUGCCAGCUUGAUCGAAUCAUCUGGCAGGCUGGCAUUGGAAGGCAUAGAUGGAAAAGACAUGGAGAGCCACACUAUCGCGCUCAAUUAACGCUGACACUCGCCUUCCUCUGCCUUAUGUCAUGUUUGGACGAGUCGAGCGAGUAUGAUUUUUUUGCGUGGAGUGCGUGGAGCGAUCGAUAAAUGAUCGAUUCAUUGCAAUUUGCAAGGUAAUUUAACGUGUAACAUGAUAAGUUCGGGCAGCAGCUUUUUUCGAUCCACUCGUUGCUUCUGCUCCGAUGAGAUCACCGACGAAUCGGCAUUCCACGAGACGACUGUUGUUUUUUAUGGAAUCGAUGAGGUGGUUGAGGAGGCGCCUACGGAUCGAAUCUGAUUUUCACGCUCACCACAGCAUCUUUAUUUGCGUUGAUGAGUAUUUUGCUUCUUCUGGCAACGAUUGGUCGAUCUUACGUCGCCACAAACGAAACCAAAUUGCAUUAGCGCAUGGCUUCUGCCGGCGCUCAAACGAAUGCACAACGAUGCGGAAGCGUACGUUGCGAAAUUGAAGACGGACAGCAGUAGUGUUAGCGAUGUUUGGAAUGAAGUGAUCGAGCGCUUUCUUUUUAUUAUCAUUUUCUUCUCACUUUUCCUGCACGAUCGACGCGAUCGGCUGACUGACCCCCUUUCUUUUACUAUGAAUCAUACAAAUGUGGCACGAAACGACCGAAAUAAUGACACUCAUGCUGUACAGAUUUUUAGUCAAUCAAUUUAGUCAACACACGUGAACGAUUGUUGAAAAGUCAGAACAACUAUCCCACCUUGUGAGAGACAAAGCAAAACAAAACAAAGAACACGGAACAAACACAGAAAGUAAAGACUGUAUGUAAAGUCGAGGAAAAAAAGGCUUCGAAACAGGACGUUCAGGACACACAAACGUACGACGCGUUUAUCUUCUUCUGCCAUAUAUGAGACCUAGUUACCUAAAAAGCAAAACAUCUAACCAAAAGACCCGAUCGUAGAGCGCCAACACUAGCUGAACGUUUUUGCAAAUCUGUCGAGACCCGUCAAAAGAUUAUGCACCGUGGCGAGAACGAAGCGAGCACGUUCAAAACAGAAGUACCUCUCAUGCAAACUAUCACACUCAUCGUACCUUUGUAAAUAAUUGUGUAAAUAGUUGUUAUCUCAUUGAACAAGCGAAUGCUCCAUUUGUCAAAUUAAAAAUGAACUGUGAAACAAGAAACAAACGUUUCCAAUGUC